UAAGUGGAUUAGAAAAUGGAGAGAAACCAUAACCAAUUACUUUAAAAACAAGUUUAUAUUUUGAAUUCAAUUUAGUUUUCAAUGAAUAUUAAUCAUGAAUCACAUCGAUUUUACAAUAUAUUUUACGCUGUGUUCCACUUGGGAAUAAAUUAUACAAUAAUAUCUGUUCUAUAUUUAUAGUCUCCGUAUUUAAAUGACACCGUCUCCCCUCCCGGACUUUGCCAACAAGUAGGUCAGUCGUCCCAUGAAGAUCCCUCCACUCCAAGCGGCCCCCUCCCCUCAUCCUCCUCCUACCCUGUAACCCCCACCGGGAGACAGAACAGAGGUUGAACGAGUCAGCCGAGACUUGUGGACGCCGCCGUCCGCCAUGGCUUCGACUCCCUCCGCCUCAGCCCUCACUUCCGUGCUUCGAUGUCGCGGCACACUGUGGACCAGGAAUCCGCCCAGCAAGCGAAGCUCCCCCUCGGCGUACGGCCCAGCGCUCGCCGGCGGAACUCGACGCGACUCGCUCGGCCGCGGCAAGAGCGUUUUGUCGGCGUACCGACUGUCCGUGCGGUACGAUUCCCCACCGCGUGUGGGCGGCGGGGCCCACCCUUUGAGAAAUCCGAGGAGAGGCGUCCCGGAGGCGGGCUCUUACGCAGCGGCACCCAGCGGCCUCGGAGCGAGCAUGGGACGGCCCGUAGGUGUUCGUCAACCUGCCGCUGGCGUCGUCGUCACACGGCUGCUUCGACCCUGUCAAAUGAAAGUGUUCGUACGGGACGCGUGUGAGCAGCCCCAGUACGGGGUUUGGGGAGUGUGCCGUGACGGUGGAGAGACGACGCCGUCUUUCGUGGAAGUCAGAUGGUCGACUUUGAGGAGCACCUGCCGCUCUCUCCAACUUCUGCUGACCCACGUUGUGUUACGAAGGCUGGCCAUGCUCUGUGGAUGCGCCAGGGGGCGCCAUCGCAAGAUUAAGAUAGAUGAUUCCCGACAGAAACCCCCCAAAAGCGGACCUGACUGAUAGUCCAAGGCCUUGAACUUGACACACUGUGACCCCUGUCUUAUUUAUUGACUUUGUGUGUGUGUGUGUGUGUGUGUGUGUGUGUGUGUGUGUGUGUGUGUGUGUGU